AUGCAUGGUUUGGAAUUGUUCGUGCUGUUUUUCUUUGGACCAAUUUUUAUAAAAGCACAGUUCAACAAUAUGAUAUCCCAAAUGAUGAGUGGAGGAACCGGAAGUGGAUCAUCGACAACCGGAAGUGAUGGUUGUGCUGGUGCGAGGGUGUCGUGUCUUCCGGCGCCGUGGUGCAGACGGACGACAGACAAUCGCGGAUGUUCUAAAUGCGAAUGUGGAAAACAAGGAAAUACACAGGAUAGUGAUGAUAAGUCGCCAUUCCUUCCCAAUCACAACCAACAGAUGACGCCACAGUCCUACAGUUCAUUCCUAAACAUGUUAUCAGGCGCCAAUGCGCAAGGAUUUGGUCCAAACUCAGGCGCAGGAUUGAUGUCUAUGGGCGGUAUAAAUCCAGGGUUUGGAGGUUCGCAGGUAGGCCCUAUGAAUCCCAUGGCGUCUAUGUUCGGAGCAAAUAGCAUGUAUGGCGGAGGCCUUUCCGGAUCUAUGGGUAGUGCUGGGGGACAUAACCCUCCUAACACAGACGGCACCGGAAGUGACUGCGGCCCCGCCCCAUAUACCUGCAUGGCGCCACCACCUUGGUGCCAGAGGUUGUAUGAUUCGCAAGGCUGUGUGAACUGCUAUUGUGGUCAAGAGCUAUCCAAAUUCCUGCAGGCACUGAAUGGUAUCACAGACAAACCGGAAAUGACAUCAAAAGCUUACGAUUCCUCUGAUAGUACACUGGAAACUUCCACAGGAACUACACUUUCCACCCUUUUGAGAUCGACAAAGACUGUUGCUAUGACAACAGCCCAACCUCCGUUUGGCAAACCGUGCUUAGCAAACUUCAUGUGCGCAUUGUCAUGUGACACUGGUUACCAGACAGACGAUGAUGCAUGCCCAGUAUGUGCGUGCAUGGACGAUAAUGACAAAACAACCAUAAUGGAUCCCAGUACGACUCCACUCCAGAGUACUGGGAUGGUACUGUGCCCGGGAAUCUUUGACUGUGACACUGUUUGCAUGACAGGUUACCAAACAGAUGCAAACGGCUGUCCUAUUUGUCAGUGUGAAAACGAUUGA